ACAGCUUCACUCUUAUGUAGUCUGAUAGAAGUGACAGAAGGCCUCGACUGCACUACAAAGAACAAGAUUUGUGACGUUCUUGUACUUGAGCAGAGUUUUAAUCCACAUAAUGAUGUCAUUGUAUUGCAGAAGAUCUCAGGAAACAAACAAAAACAUUACUAUCUGUUCCGUCGGUUUACAUAAUGUCAAGGUCUUCACUUUAUGACCAUCACAAGCCAUUAUGGGCUUUAAUCUUCAACAAGGAUGCAUUGAUCAAGGCUUUGUUUUAAUCCCUGGAGCACAUCUAGUUGCAGACUGGUACAUUUUACAAACUAUUAUAUACUCAAACUCUCUACAGACUGAGAGGAAAAACAAAGACGUGACAUCACAGUUACGUUGCAGUACACAACUCCACUGGUCAUUAGUUUAGUAUCAGAAACAUGUUUUCUGUUCUUUUGUUUCUGUUACAUUGACAGCAGCUGUUGUAACAACGACACUCAACACUUCACACAAACUUCCUGAGUGGUUUUCUGUCAGCAGCUCAAAAGUGGAAGUGGACAUGAUGUUGCUUUCUUCUAAGGCCACACAAAAAAAGACGCCCAGUCACAGAGACAAGGACAGUGCUGGAGUGUCGUAUAACUAAUAUUUUAUUAUUAAUAUUUUCUGAGUCUGGAUUUAGAAUGAAGAUCCUUCUCAUCUUCACCUUCUUCCUAAUUCCAGCUGGUACUGAUGCUGUAACUAUAGUAACUGGAUACAGAGGAGGAUCAGUUCAGAUUAAAUGUCCCUAUAAAUCUGGAUAUGAAGAUAACAAGAAGUAUCUCUGCAGAGGUGAAUGUUCCUAUGUGGGGAAUAAAGACAUUCCUGUUGAAUCUGGAUCUCCUGCUAAAGACCCCAGAUUUUCUCUGUAUGAUGACAAAACAGCCCGAGUCUUCACCGUCACCAUCACUGAUCUGAGACCUGAGGAUGGAGGCACUUACUGGUGUGUGAUAGAGCGGACAUUGCCUUUGUCUGAUAUUUACACAAAGAUUCUCCUGCAGGUUAAAACAGAUGAUCCCACCAUCAGUUCUGUCUCACACACCACACACACUCCAACCCAUGGGGACACGACACAUUCAGUAACAGAUAAGUUACUAACUUAUACUACCCACAAAACCCCCAUCACUUCCUCAUCUCAGGGUUUCCAAACUUUACCUGUCAUCAUUGCCGUGUCUGUUGUUCUCGUGCUGCUUCUCAUUGCCCUUUUAUUUACUGUACUGAUACAGUGGAAAAAGAAGAACCAAGCCUCAUCUUCAGCCCAAUCCUUAAAAAGCUCCUCAAACCCCCGUGUGCUUCCAGCACCAGCCUGUGACUACGAGGAGGUUAAAGACAGCAGAGCUCUUUCUAACACAAUUUACUGUACUGCUCAGUUAUCCACAAACCUCCCUGAUGGUUCUGAAACCAUUUACUGCAACACUGAAUUACCGACAACUCCAACUGUUUAUUCUACAGCACAAAACCCAUCAGAUUCUCCUGAUCAGGACUUCUACUCCUCAGCUCAGUUACCCUCAGCAGUCUGUGCUACUUCACCAUCAGUGGUGAAAUCAGGUGAAAGUCCAAUGUAUGCAGCAGUGAAUUUUGAGACCAGCUCUUAUGGUGCAGCUCCAACAGCCGUCUACAAGAACAAGAGCAACUCCUGUGUUUAUGCUACUGUAAAUAGCUAGUUAGCAUUCAUCUGAAUGCUAAUCAUUCUGAGUUAUUUGUUCUUUUUAGCAGCCCUUUAUAUUACAUAUUAUACAUCAUAACACUUCAUUCAGUUCAGUUCAAUUUUAUUUGUAUAGCACUUUUAGCAAUGUCAUUGUCUCAGAACAAUAUUAUACAAAGAUUAAUAUAAUACAAAACUUUAAGAUUAAUGUUAGACUUAUAGUUAAAUGUGUUAUAUUUUUUAAUGAACAAGCCUGAGGUAACUGAGGCUGUGGUGAGGAA